AUGGCCUCCACCCAACCUGCAGCUCACAUAAUAUCCCUAGACCACCUAGUCCUAACCGUCUCCUCCAUCCCUAACACGCAAAAAUGGUAUAAGGCCAACCUAGGAAUGAAACCCGAAUCUUUCGUCUCCGCCGCUACACCCUCUGUAACGAGGCAUUCUUUAAUCUUCGGCUCACAGAAAAUCAAUUUACAUCCGCUUGGCAAGGAAUUCGAGCCCAGAGCCGCUUCCGCCCGCGCAGGGAGCGCAGAUCUCUGCUUCCUGACCCAAGACGAUGUGAAAGCCGUAAGGAACAAGUUGAUAGAGAAUGGAGUUGAGAUGGUUAAUCUAGGAAGUGAGAAGGCGGAUGAUGGCGUUGUGGAGAGGACGGGUGCGAGAGGGAAGAUCAGGAGUGUGUAUUGUCGGGAUCCGGAUGGGAACUUAAUUGAGUGA